AUACACACACACAUACAAAAGAAACUGAUAAGUGAAAAAUAUAUAUAUAUAUAUAUAUAUAUGGAGGAAGAAAACCAUGGUAAUAGGCCUCAUGAAGAAAGCCCGGAAAGCCCGUGUUUAAAAAGUAACACGAACAACCACCACCACCAUCAUAACAACAAAGAACAAGAUAGGUUUCUUCCCAUAGCAAAUGUAGGCCGGAUAAUGAAGAAAGUGAUUCCUGGUAAUGGAAAAAUCUCCAAGGAUGCCAAAGAAACUGUACAAGAAUGUGUGUCGGAGUUCAUUAGCUUUGUCACUGGCGAGGCUUCUGAUAAAUGCCAAAGAGAAAAGAGGAAGACUAUCAAUGGCGAUGAUAUCAUAUGGGCUAUUACCACCUUAGGGUUUGAAGACUAUGUAAGCCCUCUAAAGGUGUACCUCGAAAAGUACAGAGAGAUUGAAGGCGAGAAGGUUAAUACUCCAAAGCAACAAAGAACGUCGUCGUCCACGGAGCAAAAUCGGAUGCAACAACAACAUCAACAAGAGCAAGAACAAAGUAUAAGUUAUAGUAAUGUAUAUACUUCCACAAAUCUUAUGUCUCAGCCAUCUUUCAUGACUGGAGAUCCCACAUUUUCUUUCGCUUUCUCCCCCAGUUCCAUUCAAAAACAGUUGCAACCACAGGACCAGAUUGAUUCAGUGCAUUGGUAAGAAAAUUUAUUAUAUACCAAAACCAACGUUUUUGAUUUUUUUUUCUUUUUUUUAUUUGUUCUGGAUAUAUAGGGAACUCUUAUAUAUAAGAUACUAUAUAUUAUACUUAAUGUGUGAUACAUAUAUAUAUGAAUACAUUGUAAUUUAAUAUAUGUUAAUAUGUAAAUGUUUAUUAAUUAUUUGAAUAUUCGGCU